CCCCUAAGAAGAUGCUGGGAUUCUUGCUCGGAGAGGAGGAAACCCCUAGGCUUCCUGAGCUUCAGUGGAGGCAGUCUUUGAGAGGCCCGGACCUAGCCAAUGGCUUUGCAGCCCACAGCUCCUCCCACCCCCCUUCGCCUGCACACACCUCUCCUGGCCAACAGGACACGCCUCGUCUGCUCAGCAGCCUCUCUGUCCCAAGUAUGAGCUUUCCCAGAAACCCUUCCCUGAUUCUGACAUGAAUUCUGAUGCUUGCUGAACCCCAACUGCUGGCUUCCAGGAGCGGUACUAGCGAACACUGAGGAGUCGCUGCUCAGAAGCAGCCAAGCCUUGAAUCCGCCAUGAACUGGAGCGUCUUCGAGGGGCUCCUGAGUGGGGUCAACAAGUACUCCACAGCUUUUGGUCGCAUCUGGCUGUCUCUGGUCUUUGUCUUCCGGGUGCUGGUGUACCUGGUGACAGUCGAGCGUGUGUGGGGUGAUGACCAGAAGGAUUUUGACUGCAACACCAAGCAGCCCGGCUGUACUAAUGUCUGCUACGAUCAGUUCUUCCCCGUGUCCCACGUGCGCCUCUGGGCUCUGCAGCUCAUCCUGGUCACGUGCCCCUCCCUGCUGGUCAUCAUGCACGUGGCCUAUCGCAAGGCCCGGGAGAAAAAGUUCCAGGAAAAAGUUGGCAGUGGACACCUUUACCUGAACCCCGGAAAGAAGCGGGGCGGGCUCUGGUGGACGUAUGUCUGUAGUCUGUUGUUCAAGGCCGCCAUAGAUAUUAUCUUCCUCUACCUAUACCACGCAUUCUACCCCAGAUUUACCCUCCCCUAUGUGGUCAAGUGCCAUGAGGAUCCAUGUCCCAACACAGUGGACUGCUUCGUCGCCAAGCCCUCAGAGAAGAACAUCUUCAUUGUCUUUAUGCUGGUCACGGCCGUCAUCUGCGUCCUGCUUAACUUUGUGGAGCUGGCCUACCUGGUGACGAAGCGGUGUACUGAGUAUGUGUCCACAAGGAGCGCGCUCACUGCACAUCCAGAGAAUGACGCCAACUGGGCCAACUCUUCCAGCAAUCAGAAAGACUUUCUCUCAAGUGACCUCAUCUUCCUGGGCUCGGAUGAUCACCCGCCUCUCUUACCAGAUCGCCCUCGAGCCCAUGUGAAGAAAACCAUCCUGUGAAGGGUCCCUAGACUGGACUAGCAGGGUGGGCAUGAGUUGGAAGGUUCCACCAGGUAGCUGGUAGGGGAGAAGAGCUGAGUUGGGGUUGGAGGACAGCUUGGGACUCCAAUUGCCGCC